AAAUACCUGGAUGCAGAGUGUCAAGACAAGCUCAAGAAGUCGCUUGACGGCCUUGAAAAGUGGAAGAAAAUCAAUACCAGGAACUCGGUGCCUCAACAGGAGAACGGCUCUGACUGUGGUGUCUUCCUCUGUACCUUUGCGGAAUUCCUCUCUCGUGGCACUGAAUUCACCUUCUCACAGGUAAGUCCAGCCGUAUUUUUAGCCUCUUUUUUUCUGAUUGUACUACCGGCAACUCGUACCUCAAAAGGCAGUUGUCGAUCUACCCCCUUAUGUGGUGGCGCCUAA